AUUUAACUACAUGUGUUUUUUAAGAUACUUCAGAAACAAUUAAAAUAGUGAAAACGGGAACAGCAAGGUCUUAUAGUUUAUAACAAAGGUAGUGGCGGACGGGUUUCUAUGGAUAUUGAAAGCUCUUUUAAGUUAUGUAUUUCAUAUAUUAUCACAAAAGAAUAAAAGCUUUUAUUAUUCAAUGGCAAUUUGACACCUCGCUAAUUUCAUAUAAUUCAAUAAAUCAUUUAAUCAAAGCAUGCUGAGUUACGACGUGUCCAUUUAAUCAAAGAUAUAACGCGUAGGUAAAGUUGAACGAUGGUAAAAAUCUAGCACAGUUAUAGAGCGACGUUCUUCAGGAGAAAUAACUGCAAGAAAGAACAAAACGUAAGGAACAAAGAGAAAAAAAUCGAAGUGUAUUUUUGUGCCAACGAACAAUUUAAAGAAAAAGAAAAGUACAAACGAAGUCUCACUUUUUAGGCUGUUAUUUGCGAUGGAAAAAACUGGUGCUUAUCAAGGUGGCCAAUAUCUCUCUCACAGUAAGCUUCAGUCGCCAUUGACAACGAAGUGGUUAAAUGAACAUUAUGAAGUCGCUGAAGGAGUUAGUUUACCGCGUAGUUCACUUUACCAACAUUACUUGGAUUUUUGUCAAAAGUCUGCCUUAAAUCCUGUCAAUGCUGCCAGUUUCGGCAAGAUAAUACGUCAUAAUUUCCCAAAUUUAAAAACCAGAAGACUUGGAACCAGAGGACAAUCAAAAUAUCAUUACUAUGGUAUAACCAUCAAAAAGAGCUCACCAUAUCAUGAAACACUUCUAAAUAAUGGACGACAACCGUAUAAUCAAACAUAUUCCACCACAAAGAAUUCAACUCCGACAAAAAAUCAGCUGAACAAUACAUCAAAACAUUCAACCCAUUCCCAGCAACAUUCUUUAAUGUCAUCGUCAGGAGGCACUUUACUUCCAUCAUUUCCAAAGAUCGAAUCUUUAAAAUUACCUUCCUGCAUCCCUAAAGACAAGGUUAGAACUUUUCUGAUCAUGUAUCGCGCACAUUGUCAGAGGAUUUUGGAUACGAUACUGCGAGCCAAUUUUGGAGAGGUUCAGAAGUUUUUCGUCCAUUUUUGGCAAGGUAUGCCAGAACAUAUUCUUGCUAUAUUAGGCUGUCAUGAAGUAAUCAACUUGAUCGGAGUCUGCGAUGAAAUAUUGUUCAAGGCAAUAGAAUGUGUUUUAAUACCAGGAGUUCUUGAACCACUUCCUGCCAGUUUGACGCAAGCAAUUCGGCAAUUUGCAACACAGCUUAACUCAUGGAUAGAAUUGUCUUUAACCCACCUUCCAGACGAGCUCAAACAGAAGAAACUUAAUGUGGCUAAAACGUUUUCAAAAUCACUUCGUCGAAAAACCUCACUCACUCACUUAGCGCAGGCCGCAAGAACUGUUCUUCACAGCAGCGAACCAGUAAUGCAGAUGGCCAGUGAUUGGAAAACUAUUGACUUUGAUGAAAUCACGAAUCAAACUUUAUGGACGUUUUCUUCAAGUCCUGAUACGGACUACCUCAAAAUAGAAACAUUUCUUCAACAGUUUACCCAACUUCUCGAACAACAAGCCAACAUUGAUCAGUACGCCGAAUGGGCCAGCAAUCUCGUGGAUCAAUGUCUCAAGAGUUUAGAAAAGGAUGAAAAUGAGGAAAAGGUAAAGGAUUUUUCAAGAGAAUUUCUUCUAAAAUGGUCGUUCUUUGGCAACCAAAUCAUGCGUGAGCUGACCUUGAAAAGUGCUCAGAGUUUUGGCUCAUUUCACUUGCUGCACAUCCUACUAGAAGAUUACAUUGUUUAUUGCGUCGAAUGCAAAACAUCACGUGACCACCAUCAAUCACAUGCAUACAAAGAACAAAACAUCCCAGUAAACAAAUGCGCAUCAAUAAAUGAAAUGCAAAUACAAGAAACCAAAGCUGUAAAUGAAAGUAUGAAGGUGACGAUAAACAACUUUGAAACUGAAGCUGUGAAAACAACAACUAAUCAAAAUAUCUCUGGCAGAGAAAAUUUUAAUGGAACCAAAUCACCAAUAGAAAUUGAUGAUUCAAGUGAUCAAAUGGAAAUUGAGAAUCCCCAUACAGAUGUUAUACCUGCCACUGACGCUAAUACUUCAUGGAAUACAAAAUCAAGAUUAUACAACACUUCCAAAACUAACAAUUACACACCAGAAGGAAGAUACAGUGGAACAAUGUUGGAAAGAUCUACUGAUAUGACGAGUGGAUCUUGCCUAACUUACGUGCCAAGUUUUGAUGCAUUAACCCCUUUCAAUCCGAAAGAGUACUCACCUGUUCCUCAGGAUACACGAUCGUAUUUUGGGAGAUUUUAUAUUCCGAAUAUGGUUGAAACACUUUGUACAAGAAAUUUUUAUUCUCCAGUUAACCGACAUUUUUCUCAAGAAUCAAUACCCGAAAGAAUAGUUUAUGAACGACAAUUAUUUAACCGUUUACCAACAGAAAACAAUUCUUCUGUCAUGGGAAUGUUUUGAUUCAACGAUGAAUUCUUCAUUUCGUACACAAAACCAUUUUUGUCGUUAGGACAAAACGUUACUGUCUCGUUAAAUCAACAAAAAUAUGAUCUUAAUGCUAGUAUCGUGUUGUGAAUACUCGGGAUAAAUUGAAGUUCUCUUUCGAAGUAUUUUUGAAAUCAUCAAUCAUGAAUUUUUACGGCCGACCUGGGCAUCUUACAGUUAAGUAAGACAUAAGUUAAAAAAAUAAGUUAGAAUUUUAUUGUUUAGAAGCUUUUGCAGGGUUGUUAUGUGCUCUAAAUAAAAUUGGAUGACAGUGUUUGAACAUCAAAUAAUUUACAGUGUAAAAAGGAAAUUAAUUUCCUUACUUUCCAGUAAUUUUCUAGCAAAUUAAAAGAACAAAAGUUUUAGUUUAAA